CUCUCCCUAAUCUCCCUCGGCCUCGCUGGCCGCGGCUGCCCUCCCGCUCGGCUCUCGACUGGGUUUCAACCGACGAACUCGCAGGCCCUUGAAAGGCUCCAGUUGCCCUUUGACCAGGAGUGAGGGGUCCUGAACGGGGGCUCAGCCCGCCAGGACGCAGAUGGCCUCCUUGCGCAUCCGGGAGGCAAAAGAGGGCGACUGUGCAGACAUAAUAAGGCUGAUUCGGGAGCUGGCUGAGUACGAGAAACUUUCGGAUCAGGUGCAGAUCAGCGAAGAAGCCCUGAGAGCAGAUGGUUUUGGGGAGAAUCCUUUCUAUCACUGUGUUGUGGCGGAGAUUCUUCCAGCUCAAGGUGAGCCACAAGGGCCCCAGGUGGUGGGCUAUGGGCUAUACUACUUCAUCUACAGCACAUGGAAGGGGCGCAAUGUGUACCUGGAGGACAUCUACGUGAUGCCUGAACAUAGGGGUCAGGGAAUUGGUUCCAAAAUAAUCCAAAAAGUGGCCCAGGUGGCCCUGGCUAAAGGCUGCACCCAGCUCCGCCUGGCCGUGGUGGACUGGAACAAGAGGGCCAUGGACCUUUACAAGACUCUAGGAGCCCGAGAUCUGACUGAAGCCGAAGGCUGGCACUCCUUCCGCUUUGAAGGAGAGGCCAUGAGGGAGUUGGCAGGAAGGUGAUGCUAUUCCUUGGAAAUCUCUCUCAGCCUGGACCUCUCCUUCCCUCUUCAGAUACUGUCUUCCGUGGUUAGAGGCCUCUCUGGAGAAAGACGGUUUGGAGGUGUAGCUUUAUCAAAUACAGAAAGACCAAAAUUUUCGCUGAGAGUGACAAAUAAAUGAUAGUGACCAUG